GCGAUAUCCGCCAGCCCAAACAGACUUUUGCACCCAAGACCCUCGGAUCUAGUACUCACAUCGCCAUAAUGUUCGGAGCACCACCACAGCCUUCCAAGCAGGAGCUUGCUGCGGCCGAGGCGCAGACCAUGUCCGACAUCAAAUGGACUGCGGCCAGCGCUGUUGUCCUGUACUUUUCGCCUCACCUCGUCGAAUACGUUUCGAAGCUCUUUUAACCGGCACCAAUCUUUAUCACAUACAACGACUACGUCCGCGUACACCGUACAUGGCAAUGCCUCCGGAAACUGUAUCAUAGACGCGCAUGCAACCAAGCAUGCGCUUGUAACAACACCAGGGCGCACAACGCUUCACGGAAAUACUCGUCACCACAUGUAAUGAUAUCCCAAUGUAAACGUUUCCACCGCCUCAGAUAUUGUCCACGGACAUGCAAAAACCAAGUGUGCAGAAUGGUAGCAAUGCUUGCCGGACGCUAAGACUAUUCUCAGCUUCUAUGCAUCCGCCGCUUGGUAUCUCACAACGCCCAAUUUUUGCAAUAUAAC